AUGUCCAACAGCAGCUCCAUCACCCAGUUCCUCCUCCUGGCAUUCGCAGACACACGGGAGCUGCAGCUCUUGCACUUCUGGCUCUUCCUGGGCAUCUACCUGGCUGCCCUCCUGGGAAACGGCCUCAUCAUCACUGCCAUAGCCUGUGACCACCACCUCCACACCCCCAUGUACUUCUUCCUCCUCAACCUCUCCCUCCUCGACCUGGGCUCCAUCUCCACCACUCUCCCCAAAGCCAUGGCCAAUUCCCUCUGGGACUCCAGGGCCAUCUCCCACUCAGGAUGUGCUGCACAGGUCAUUCUGUUUGUUUUUUUCAUUACAGCAGAGUAUUUUCUCCUCACCGUCAUGGCCUACGACCGCUACAUUGCCAUCUGCAAACCCCUGCACUACGGGACCCUCCUGGGCAGCAGAGCUUGUGCCCACAUGGCAGCAGCUGCCUGGGGCAGUGGGUUUCUCACUGCUCUGCUGCACACGGCCAAUACAUUUUCCCUACCCCUCUGCCACGGCAAUGCUUUGGACCAGUUCUUCUGUGAAAUCCCCCAGAUCCUCAAGCUCUCCUGCUCAGAUGCCUACCUCAGGGAAGUUGGGCUAAUUGUGCUUAGUGUCUGUUUAGCCUUUGGGUGUUUUGUUUUCAUUGUGGUGUCCUAUGUGCAGAUCUUCAGGGCCGUGCUGAGGAUCCCCUCUGAGCAGGGACGGCACAAAGCCUUUUCCACAUGCCUCCCUCACCUGGCCGUGGUCUCAAUGUUUAUCAGCACUUGCAUAUUUGCCUACCUGAAGACCCCCUCCAUGUCCUCCCCAUCCCUGGAUCUGGUAAUGGCAGUUCUUUACUCAGUGGUGCCUCCAGCCAUAAACCCCCUCAUCUACAGCAUGAGGAACCAGGAGCUCAAGGAUGCAGUGUGGGCAGGGACAGGCAAUGGGCACUACUUUGACAGAGUUUGCCCCCAUAACAGUGUUUCCGUCAGACAAGGGGACCUCCUGAGGCAGUGCCUGAAGGCGCUUGGAGUGUACGUGAUGGUGGACGGGCCAUCAGCAUCCUCUAAGAGCCUGUGGUUUGGCUUGCUCUGCAUAGGGAAAAUGCCCCAAAGAAAAGGCUUGGAGAACCACACCGUUGGAUCUGGAUUCAUUCUCCUGGGAUUUUCUGAGCACUCCAGCCUGCAGGGCCUGUGCUUCACCAUAUUCCUGCUCAUCUACCUCGUGGCUCUCACAGGGAACAGCCUGAUUGCACUCAUCACAGUGCUGGACUCAAGCCUCCACAGCCCCAUGUAUUUCUUCCUGAGGAACCUGUCCUUCCUGGAGAUCUGCUCCACGUCAGUCACUCUGCCAAAAAUGCUGGUGGGUUUCCUGAUGGAAGACGGCAGGAUCUCCUUGCUUGGCUGUGCUGCCCAGCUCUAUUUCCUGGUUUUGCUGGGCAGCAUCGAAUGCCUUCUCCUGGCUGCCAUGGCCUACGACCGCUACAUAGCCAUCUGUGACCCCCUGCACUACACCCUCAUCAUGAGCAGGGGUGUCUGCAUCAGACUGCUGGUGGGGUCGUGGGUGGUCGUCGUACCAGUGCAAGUAGGACAGACCUACCAGGUGUUCACUUUGCCCUUCUGUGCAUCCCGGGACCUUCGCCACUUUUUCUGGGAUGUCCCCCCUCUGCCGGAACUGGCCUGUGCAGACACUUUCUGGAACCAAGUGAUGCUGUACACCAUCAUCCUGGUCUUUGCGAUCCUUCCCUUCUCCUUCAUAGUUAUUUCUUACAUUAAAAUUAUCAGGGCAAUUCUGAGAAUACCUUCAGUUCUGGGCAGACACAAAGCCUUUUCCACCUGCUCUUCACACCUCGGGGUGGUGACACUCUUCUAUGGCUCAGCCACAAUCGUCUACUUAAAGCGACGGUCAAGGGAUUCUGUAGACCCUGACAAGUACCUUGCCCUGUUCUACACAAUUGUGACCCCCAUGUUUAACCCUGUCAUCUAUAGCCUGAGGAACAAGGAAGUGAGAAUUGCCUUGAAGAGACUCCUAUGGACAAAGUGA